ACAUAUGUUUUGCGAUUUCAGUUUUUUACUAUUUUCACAAAGCAAACAACAAUAAUAAGUAGAAAGAAAAAUGUUAACAACGCUAUUAAAAUCAAGUAAUUAAAACUUAAAAUAAUAGAAACACAUAAAUAAUAACAAAUUUUUAUACCAAACAAAGCGUUACACAUAAAACAACAAAAAAAGACAUCUUACUUUAACUUUUAAACUUGCGUUUUAACGCAAAAUCAACACAAAGUGAAAAUAUCACAACGAAAAUGGAGAGUCUAUUUAAUUUACGGGCCUGGGACGAUGACGCAAAAUAUGGCUGUAAUGCAAUUAACAAAACAUCAUUAAUCACAAAUGCCUACAAUGGCAUACCUGAAACAUUAAUUCUCAACGUUUUAGCAUGGACUCUGCUAAUCGUACUCUUCACUGUGUUAAGACAUCAGGCAGGCGACUAUGGUCGUUUGGCCUUAGUUAAUGCGAAUGGCAGUAGGAAACGUUGGACUGAAGUAUUCUAUUCACGAGGAACAUCUAUGAUAGAACAACCUCACUCCUCGAAUAGUUCACAUCAACGUCAGAGCAGCAUUACGAAUUCUGCGGGAACAACAAGUCCUAAUGGUUUAGAUGAACCCAGAGGUAGCAUUACGUCCAAUACAACCGAUUCAACACCACUGUCGCCCAUACAAUACGAUCAGGGUAUAUUUUCAUGGAUCAUUAUAACAUUUAAAUUACGUAAAGAACAAAUACUUUUGCACACUGGACCCGAUGCUGUCUACUAUUUGUCGUUUCAAAAACAUCUAAUGUUGGUAAUGGCCAUAGUAACAGCUGUUUCUUUGGUGGUUAUCUUGCCAGUGAAUUUUCUCAAUGGUUCUGAUGAGUAUGAUGUUAAUGCAUUCGGUCGCACUACAAUGGCUAAUUUAUCACCUGAUUCCGCCUGGCUUUGGGUUCAUGUUAUUGUUACCAUUAUAUAUGUGCCUUUAAUUGUACUGAUUAUGCGUCGUUCCUCGGGUCGUAAUGCAUUUAAAAAGGCUGCCACUCGCACGAUUAUGAUAACAAAUAUCUCGCAUAAUGAUCGCAAUAAGACAGUGAUUAGAAACUAUAUACAAGAACUAUUUCCUGAUGUUAAUAUAGAAGAUGUUCAGGUAGCCUAUAAUAUAUCGAAAUUAAAUGUGCGAACGGCGGAAUAUGAACGGGUUUUAGAUGCAAAAAUCUAUUGUGAACAUCAUCGAGAUAAGGAUACUUUGACUGUUCGCCCCGAAUUUUGCAAGUGUAAAACCGAGAAUGCCUAUGAUUAUUAUCAACGUGAAGAACGUAAUCUACAUGGAGAUGUGGCACGUCUUCGAGCUGCAGCUCUUAAUGAACCUUUAGGCAUAGCUUUUCUUACUGUAUCCACGGUACAGGAAGCACAAAACAUAGUGGCACAUUUUACACCCGGUACCUAUCGUCAAUGGAGUCUCACAUUUGCACCCUCACCAGAUGAUCUAUUUUGGGAAAAUUUAAGUGUCAGCCGUACCCAUUGGCUGCUGAAAUGGGCCAUUGUUAAUAUUUUACUCUUCGUAAUAUUAUUCUUUUUAACCACGCCCGCCAUGGUUGUCAACUUAUUAGACAGUAUACACCUGGCAAAAGAUAAAAUCACAAAACUUUCACCCUUGGUAUCGGAAUUCUUGCCCACAUUGAUGUUGUGGACGCUGUCUGUGUUGAUGCCGGUUAUUGUGGCCUUUUCCGAUAAAUGGAUGAGUCAUUAUACGAAAUCGAAACAAAAUUACUCGAUAAUGACUAAAUGUUUUGUUUAUUUAUUAUUAAUGAUUUUAAUAUUACCCUCUUUGGGUUUAACAUCCGCCCAGGCUUUGCUCGAGUGGUCGGUUAGUAAUGAUACGUUGAGGUGGCAGUGUAUUUUUGUGCCUGAUCGUGGUUCAUUUUAUGUCAAUUAUAUUAUAACGGCUGGUUUUAUUGGUACCUCUUUGGAAUUGUUACGUUUUCCGGAAUUGAUAGUUUAUAUCUGGAUGUUGAUAACGGCUAAGUCGAAGGCUGAGACUCCCUACAUACGCAAAUCAAUUUUACUGGAAUUUCCCUUUGGCACCCACUAUGCCUGGACAACUUUGGUGUUUACUAUUUCAAUUGUUUACAGUGUUUUCUGUCCUCUCAUAAUGCCCUUCGCCAUGGUUUAUAUAAGCUUUAAGCACUUUGUGGAUCGUCAUAAUUUAUAUUUUGCCUAUGGACCUUCUAAUAUGAUCUCCCGCAAUGGCGGUAAAAUCCAUUCAACUGCCGUUACUAUGACGAAAUUUUCCAUUAUAAUACUUUUACUUAUAAUGGCCAUGAUAUCGGCUAUACGUGGUUCCGGCAUGGCAAGAGCUAUAAUAUUGAUUAUUACUCUAGUUAUAACACUAACGCUCUUUACAUUUAUGUCACCCAUUAAACGUUGCACCCAGGCCAGACGUCCCAGUAUAGUGGAAAUUGCCGGCCCAGCACCGAUCUAUAUACCAGACGUACUAAAGCCAAGAUCUGCACACAAUGCCACACCGUUGGGACCACAUUCAUAUAAUGGUGCCGGUACUACGGCAUCGGCUGGUAAUGGAAAUGGUGCUGGUUAUGGUUCGGAUUCUGUGUCCGAUUUCGAUAUUAGUUCUCAAUGUAGUGUAAAUAGUGUAGAGGCCUAAAGACAACUAAAUCUUAGUAAAAGCAGCAGUAAAAAAAAGAACAAACAAAUACUUAUUUAAGACAGUAUCCAGAAAAUAUUUACAAUAAAAGGGCUUAAAGCAGGCAUGGAUAAUUGAAAUUUUGAAAUAGUACUAAUAAAAAAUUACUAAUUUUCUCUAGACUAUAGACUAGACUGUAAACUGAACUACUUAUCAAAAGUUUAUAAGUUAGAAAAAGUACCGCAAAUGUUGUGGAGUUACCGCGGAUAUCAAAAAGUACUAAAUUAUGGCAUUUUCCAUGCCUGACUUAAAGUUUUCAACAAGUAUUUAGUUUUUUUUUCUACGUCACACUUUUGGUUACCACAAACAAAACUCCCGUUCGACUAAUUAAAAUUUCUCAAAUAUAUACCCACACUUUUCCCUUAUUUUAGUUCUUUUUUAUUAAAAUAUUGUUAUAAUUUUAUACUAUUUUUUAUUGUUAUAUUGAAAAUAACAAAACAAAACCCUCUCUUUCCCUUCUCUCUUUUCUGUUAAUAAUACUUAAUAACUUUAAUAUUGUAUAUAAAACUAUCUUUAUUAUUAAAUUUAAGCUUUUCUUCUCUAUAUACAAACAAAUAUUUUUUUAUUAUUAAUAAUUAUUCUUUAUAUUGCGAUACCACUAUAUUAAUAUAAACUCUUAUUAUUUAAAAAAAAAAAUAAGUAUUAAGUAAAAAAAUUGUAUAUACUGAGCAUUAUUUUUUCAAAAAUUUAAUAAAAUCUAUUGCUUAUGAAAAUAAUUUUCAUUUUUUCCC